AUGGCGUCACAAAUUUGCCUGAAGAAAGUGCGUUUCCUGUUGCUCGGACAUGAGAGAGGCGGCCUUCGAUGUGGUGCCCUUGACCACGUGACUCUGGAGACGCAGUCCCCUCGCGCCUCCUUGAAGCAUGUGGUUGCCGUCCCCGCCGGGCUAUUCGGUGUUGAGUCGGUUUGCUGGAAAAGGUCAGUCUGCAAGUCUAAAAUCCUGUUGUCAUGGUGGGAUUGGAAUGAACCGCUUCGACCACGAGAAAGUGUCGAGCUUGACAAGCUGUUAGCCUGCCUUAGCAACAAGGUUGCCCUCGACGCAGUGAUUUCGGUUUCCAGCGCCGAUGAGCUAGCGUUCGUGGCAGACAAGUCGACCAACUCGCCAGGCAGCUUCGCUUGCCCCCUUGGCAUCGACAUGUCGACAACGGACACGACAAACUUGUGGAGUAGUCGAUUUAAUGGAGGAAUUAUGUGCUACAAGCGGUCAGUCGGUAGUUCACCUAGCAACCGAAGGCAUCGACGCGGGGGAGGGGCCAUGGGCACGGAUGUAUGUGCGAUUGUGCCCCGCCCGCCUGUCUGUCUCUGUGUCUGUCUGGUCGAACUGACGGGUGGGGCUCGAGACAAUGCCACUCGGCGUCCUAACGCGGCGGCCGCGAAGUCGACGAUGUUCGGCUCAACUGGACAAGCCGACAAAGGGAAUCGGUCAAGAGGGACAUUCGUGGGAGGCUGCGGAGGCCCCGUGACGACGAGAGGAGUAAAAGGGGGUUAUGAGGAGGAGGAAGAGGAGGAGGAGGAGGCCUAA